GUUUUUUCAACGACCAGCGCUAUCAUUUAACUAUCCAUCCCAUAGUUACUGCGUACGGAGUAGUUACUCCGUAGUUAGCCAACCAAUUCCUCUCCCUCCUCCCCCAUCCCAUCCCCAUGACAUAUGAUUAGCCAGCUGUCUGGGUAACUAACUUAACUAACGACCUCAGUACAAACAAAUUGUUUACAUCGUAUGGCCUAGGAAAGAGGAAGAGGAGGAAGACUGGAUCCUUGGCAUUGCAGAUGGAAGUCUCAGCCACCGCCAAUUUAGGGCUUAGUUAGGGCUGAAAGGCUUAGGUAAAAAGGGCUUGGUCGCCUGUUCCGCUGUACGAACCAGACUCCAGACACAAUCGCGAUGUUUCCCCGCCAUGAAUGCGACUCUCACCAUCCAGAUCUCUGGCCCCUUAUUAGAUUCCUAACAGGAGCCAUUCUAUAUAUUAAUAGCCCGUGGCAUUUUGAAAACAACGAGAUUUCAGCCCGCUUCGUAUUGUUGCGCUUUAUUAUUCAACACGGAAUCAGCAAACCGGCUUGGCGGUUGGGCUAGCUCAAGACUAGGAGUUCGUCUGACCGAUUCACCAACCCAAUACAUAUCAUAUCGUCAUUGUCAGGCUGUACUCUUCUGUUAUUAGUAUCACGACCAUCACCCUGCUGGUAAUUUUUUUUUUUUUUUAUAAACCACCCGCUCCAACUCCCUGAUCUCUGCCUACCAUAGACUGCAGCACACAUCGCCCACCAUGGCAUACAAGGGCGCAUACAACCCUGAUGCACUUCCCGCACAUGCGGAGCCAGAGCAGGUACGUUGACAAAUGGCUCCUCUCUAGGGAAAGGUGGCACAAAUGCUAGGCGAAAUGUCCGCUCGACCAGAUCCAAACCGAGAGCGCCCCCCUAUGCCACCGCCAAAAAACGGCCCACCACCUCAGCAGACCCGCAUCUCCCCUACCCAAAGACCAGAACCCCAUUCACAAAUACCCACGCAACAUAGCUACGCACGUACAGGCAGCGGUGGCGGUCCCGGAGUCGUUCCGCCUGGAGCAGUACAAGCUACCGCAGGACAGUAUGGUGGAAGAGGAGCCCCUAUUUCCAGUACCAGCGGUCGUCUCUAUUCCCCGCCCCCUCGAAACUACGGCUUUGGGCCUCCUCCUGCGCACCCGGCCCAGAACCGGCCCACCCCAACAUGCGGCCCGCCACGAAGCCCUCAACCUUCGGGGCCUGGCUUACCACAAUCUGACGACCCCAAGGAACUCUUCCCUCUCUUCCGCGCCGCCAAUGCGUCCAACUCAGGCGCCCUAUCUGAAACAGAACUGGGGUCCGCCCUAGUAAAUGCAGACUAUACCUCCUUCGACGCGUACACGGUAAAAAUGAUGAUCCGUAUGUUCGACAAGGACGGGUCUGGCAGCGUAGGGUUCGACGAGUUCGUUGCCCUGUGGCGGUUCCUGGCCGCCUGGCGGGAGCUCUUUGAGCGCUUCGAUGAGGAUCGUAGCGGCCGGAUUAGCCUGGCGGAGUUUAGCAAGGCGCUGAUCGCGUUUGGGUAUACGCUUAGUCCGCCGUUUGUGGGGAUGAUAUUUUCGAUAUUUGAGAAUAGGGCGAGGAACAAGGGGACGCCCAUACCCGGGCAGAAGGACGGGAUGAGCUUUGAUCUAUUUGUGCAAGCGUGCAUCACGCUCAAACGUAUGACGGAUGUGUUUAAGAGGUAUGAUGAUGAUAGGGAUGGAUAUAUUACACUGGGUUUUGAGGAGUUUUUAACUGAAUGUUUACGCCUUCGCGAAUGAGACGUCAGAGAUGACCUAUUACAUAGGCUAAGUGCACAACCGUUUUCUACAUCCCUAAUAACUGUAAUAACUAGAUAUUUGGUCCGGUUCUUUUCGCGACGCAAUUUAUCUGCCUUUCUUUUUUUUUUUCUCUUUCCUUUCUCUUCUCUUCUUUUUCUUUUUCUUUUUCUAUUCUUUUUUUUCGGAUUAUCCAUUUUGGGCUCCUUUCAUAUACCAUACCAAUGAUUGAAUGAAAUUUCCUACCUUAGAUCAGGGGUAUAAAGGGAAAGGGCCCGAUAGAGACAGAGGAUAUCAGGUAAAACACGUGCUUAACCUUGACUAAAAUGUUAAUUUUAGAGUAUUGCCUCCUGAGUAGUCAAUAACGAUGCCAUGGCUGAAGUCUGGACUCUGGUAGUGAAGAGAGCAAAAAACAAUUUCAAUCAGCUUGAGGCAUAAAUAUGAGGCUCUUUGCUGCAUCCCCGCUCCCUGAGGCUCCGGAACAGUGAGAUUGCCCGAAUCCGGGACCAAAAUGGACGUUGGCAUCAGCACGACAAAGAACAGAAAUAGAAAUUGUCACUUCUGACAAACAUCAUCCUAUGAUUCAAUGAGAGCAGUUUUGUGUUGAUAUCGUUGUCUUUUCUUCAAUUAUCUAUAUAGUUACUAAAACUAUAUAGGUGAAGGCCAGAUAAAAGCACAGAGCUCUAUGUUCAAAUUAUACUUUUGGACAGGGACAUACAUACAAAAAUGCAGGACGGGGUAUACUAUAUACAACAAGACAGUAAAAUCAAAUGAACAAGAAAGCAGUAUAGAAAAUCCAUACACGGCUAAAUGCGACGUUAUAUAUAUCCAACACGGUAUCUCGCUGCGCCUGCGUUAAUGCCGCUAGACUCUCCGCUCGUGGACCGGCGAAAUUUCCAAGAAAUGACUCCGCGAGCUCUGGGCCGAGUGCAGCCAGUAGCUUUGAGGCGGAUUGUUUGAGGACGUUCUGAUAAACCACUCCACCCAGCACAACAGAGGAGGCAGUCGAGAGCUGUCUGAUAAAUGAAUGCGUUGAAGUCGCGGUUGAUACUUCCGAUUGGGGGACUCGCGAUUGCAGAGCUAGCAAGGGAGCUUGGAAAUUCGGACCAGUUCCAAUUCCGGCAAUGGUUUGGUAUAUAAUCAGCCUUGGAAACGAUGUGUAUGGUUUAAAAUCGAUGUAUAAUCCAGUACCCAGCGUCAUGACGAGCAUACCCAAUCUGAUAUAUUCGACAUAUGUGCCCGUCUUGCGGAUGAUGAAGCCGAUGAUAAAGGAAACGACGGAUAGAGAGACUGCCUGAGGCAGAAUAUAGACACCACUCAUGAUGGGGGACGUGCCGAGGACCGUUUGGAAGUAUA